UAUCUAGCCCAAUCUGGCAACACUGCCCUGUAGCCGCCUUCUGCCUCGCUCGUCGUGGCUCUGUUUAUCUCAUAUGCCCUCCAGUCCCUGUCUGUUGAUCGUAUGAACUGAACAUUGCAGACUCCCAAACGACUGUAUGAGUGGGCAAACCUAUACCUCACCCUCUGCGGAGGAGACCGAGAUGAACCGCAUCCACUAUGAUCUGGAGUACACAGAGGGCAUCAACCAGCGCAUGAGAAUCCCAGAGACCCUCAAGGUGGCCCCGGACGCUCACUCCGGGGGGCUGCCUGUGCAUCACCUCUUCCCCUUCCCCACCACGCUCAUGCAAGUACCCGAGAGGAUCAUCAUAGCGGGAGAUGAAGAUGAUCCUCGGUUCUCCCGACCCCACGACCUGGACCUGAUCCAAACCACUGGACCUCCCAUGGACCUGCUGGACAUGAAGGCCCCCCCACGUACCCUAACCCUCUCUGAGCAGCCCCUGGAUUCCCUGGAGACGGAGCAGACCCCGUCGCCCCAGUCCCACGUCAGCCAGGGGGUGCGCUCUCAUUCACGGUCUCGACGGGAACGGAGCGUGAGCGAGAACCUGGCCCCUCGGCAUGUCAGCCACACCGGCCGAGCGGACAUGAGUGUGUCCCCGUCCCCCUCGGCCGGCCCCCCGCCGUUCCGGGCGUGCCCCCCUCUCUGUUCCCCGGAGGACGCCAACUACAGCCUGUACACAGCGGGGGGCGUGCUCUGCUACAUCCAGUCCACCACGCGCCGGGCCUACCAGCAGGUCCUGGAGCUCCUGGAGGACGGCCCGCGCAGGACCCAGAUGGAAAUGACCCUUGAUUUAGCAGCUGAGGAGUCCAGUUUGGUGGACGCGUCCUCCCUGCGACGUCAGAUUGUGAAGCUGAACCGCCGUCUGCAGCUGCUGGAGGAGGAGAACAAGGAGCGCUCCAGGAGAGAGAUGAUUCUGUACUCUGCCACCGUGGCCUUCUGGCUGGUCAACACCUGGACCUGGUUCCGUCGCUAACAACCACCCACAACGGACCACUGGCCAUUGACUUUCCCAAACGGCGGUGGUCGGAUCAAAUUCUUCCUUCCAUUUUCUAGUCCUCUCCCUUGCAUGGUCACAAUGUGAACCAAGAAACAACCGCCAUGUUAGUCCUCUCAAUGGUUAUAAUCUUACAAACACUGCCCAUGGGUGAUAGUUUACAAAUGGGUGGGGUGACUUAUAAAAGGAUAAGCAAUAGAGUGAGACAAUUGGUUUGGGAAAGUAAUGCUAGACUGACAGUUGGAAUCAGGUUAUCUUGUUAUGGGUUGUGGUUCAGUAGUUUGAUUGAAUGUUGUUUUGCUCUUAAGUGUCAUAACAUGACAAAAUCUAGAGAGGCCAUAAUAAUUUCCCUAAAUAAUCAUUGCGUCUUACCCAAAAUAAUGUACAACUGUGUGUAUACUAUUUAUUUACAAUAUUUAUGAGUAUUGUUGCAACACUUGAGUUUUAUAGUGUUUAUGGAGCAUUGUAGCAAUUGCAAAUACACAGUAGUUUAGUUCAACAUUUUGAUACCAUUUAUUAUCUUGAGUCAAAUGAUGAAGGAUAAUGGUCAUGUAUUUUAAUUUAGUUGGCAAUGGUUUCUGGCAAUGGAUGUUGAUGACCAAAAAGAGUAAAUGCAUGAAGGUUUUUUCCAUUGAUUCCACAUUGUAUGCUGGAAAUAACUAGAUUGCUAUAAAUAUGUGUACUUGAUGUCUGUGUAUAUAAAGUAAUUAUGUGUAUAUAAGAAAAUAUAUUUCAUUCUGGAUGAAAGAUCAAUGUGAACCAUGUCCAUGGGCAUUUAGUGAGAAAUCCCAACGGGCUUUCACAACAAAAAUGCUAUUUGCUGAAUGAAUAUUGCGUCUGUGAUGAUGUACCUAUACUGUGAUGUUAGACAUUCAUUCUUUGUCUUAAUGCAAAUAUGUAUUAUUUCUUAAUACUUCAGUGUAAAUGAUAAAUGAAAGAUGUUGA